UUGAAAAUUGUUCCUAUAAGUCAUAAGCCGACCAAAUCGUGGGAGGACAGCUGCAGCUUGUACCUUAAUUUCAUACUAUCUUCGGUUAAAUAGAUAUUACGGAUUUGUUGACACAUCGUAGAUAAAAAUAAAAACAAAAUGACGGAUUUACCGUAUAGCGUUGAAUACGCUAAAUCCUCGAGAGCAUCAUGUAAAUUCUGCAAGCAAACAAUUGAUCAGGGAAUAAUUCGAAUCGCUUUGAUGGUGCAGUCCCCAUUUCAUGAUGGCAAACAGCCUAAUUGGCAUCAUUUAGACUGCAUCUUCUCAAAGAAACCCCCUACAGCUAUAAGUGAGAUUGCAAAUUUUAACAAAAUCAAACAUGAAGAUCAAGAAACAAUUAAGAAGAAAAUUAGUGGUGAAGACAAGGGUACUAAAAGAGGGAAAGCGAAAAAGAAUGGAGCCAUGCCAUAUACUGUAGAGUAUUCCAAAUCAAGUAGAGCUACUUGUAGACAUUGUGAUAUAAAAAUAUGUAAGGAUGAAAUCAGAGUUGCCAAAAUUGAUUAUGAUCCAAAGUAUGGGGAUCAUCCUUUGUGGCAUCAUCUUAAAUGUUUUGCUGAAAAAAAGAUUGAAUUAAAUUUUCUUGGAGGUGGAGAAGAACUGCCUGGUUUUCAAUCACUUAAAAAGGAGGAUCAAGAUAUUGUUAAACAAGAAAUCAAGAGUUCGGAAGGUGAUGAAGUGCCAAUAAAGAAGAUAAAAAAAGAACCAAAAGAAGAAGAAGAUGUGAAAGCAGAAGCUGAGCUUAAGAAGCAGCUAGUGAAGCAGAGCAAGCUAUAUGAUAAGUCAAUAGAUGCAUUAAAUAAGUUCACUAAAAAUGAGCUUCAUGAACUCCUACAAGCCAACUAUCAGGACAUACCUUCGGGGCGCAAUGAGUGCUUGAAUCAUUUAGCUGACUGCAUGGCGUUUGGUGUACCUGAACCGUGUCCUGAAUGCAAGAAUGGCCAGUUAGUACUCGACACUUUCUACUACAAAUGUACAGGAAACAUGAAUGAGUGGUCGAAAUGCGCUUACAAAACCAAGGAUCCAAAGAAAAAGAAAAUGAUUGUGCCAUCAGAGUUCAAAAAACAUUCCGCUUUCGUAAAAUAUAAGCCUAAAGUGACAACACGGAUAUUUGAAAGUGAACCUCCACCUACUUCUACAGUUAAAAAGGAAGAGCCAAUGGAGGACACGAAACCAAAACCAGUUGCUCCUUUGAAGAAUCUUCAAUUUUUCCUGUUAGGGAAAUUCAAAUCGUCUAAAGAGGAAGUCAAGAAUCGUAUACUGAAGCUAGGAGGUCUCGUUGUGUCGAAGAUAACGGACACCACGGCGGCAGCGGUGUCCUCUAAGAAUGAAAUAAAGAAAAUGUCGGCAAGAAUGGAAGAAUUACGCGAAAAAGAUAUUGAGGUAGUGGAAGAAACAUUCCUUGAUUUAAUUGACCCCAAAGAAGGCACAGUAUCGGAGAGUCUACGACUAAUAAGAGAAAAUAAUAUCGCCGAUUGGGGAACUGAUCCAAGUAAACGCAUACCGCAAGACGUACUCGAUGGAAAGUCGAUACAAAAAUCAGGAAGUCAAUAUGUAAAAUCAAAAUCUGGAAUCGCAAAACUGAAAGUUAAAGGUGGUAUCGCUGUCGAUCCAGAUUCCGGUUUGGAGGACGAAGCGCACGUGUACAAAGACGCGGCCGGCACCAAGUACAGCGUCGUCCUCUCCAAGACAGAUGUUGUCGAGCAGAAAAACUCCUAUUACAAAUUACAGAUCCUUGAAAGCGAUAAAAGGAAGAAGUAUUGGCUAUUUAGGUCAUGGGGUAGAAUUGGUACCCCCAUUGGUGGGAAGAAGCUUGAGGAUGUGCCGCUGCAAUAUGCAAUUAACGAAUUCGAAGCUUUGUAUAUGGAUAGGACGCAAAAUCCGUGGGACGCCAGAAAUAAUUUUAAAAAGAUUCCUGGUGCAUACUUCCCCAUCGACAUGGACUAUGGCGACGACUCAACUUCAACUGUGCUCGAAAUAGACACAGUCAACUCCAAGUUGCCUGUCCCCGUGCAAAAACUUAUCAUAAACAUAUUUGAUAUUCACAUCAUGAAACAAACUCUGAUGGAAUUUGAACUUGAUAUGGACAAAAUGCCUUUAGGAAAACUGUCCAAGAAGCAAAUAAAAUCCGGAUACAAUGUAUUAUCAGAACUGCUGAAUCAUAUCAACGAGGGUAAAGCCAAUGAAAAUAAAAUCGUGGACGCAACCAACAGGUUCUAUACGCUGGUGCCUCACAGCUUCGGCACUGACAAUCCGCCAUUGUUAGACAACGCCGAAGCAAUUAAAACUAAAACAGAUAUGCUGGAUAAUCUACUUGAAAUUGAAAUUGCUUACAAUUUACUUAAGACUGAACAUGAUGAUGAUGAUGAUAACAAUUCACGAAGUGCGAUAGAAUCCCACUAUAUAAAAUUGAAGACUGAGAUCACUCCGCUGGAUGUCAAAUCACCUGAAUACGAACUCAUCUUGGAGUACAUGAGAAAUACACACGCCGAAACACAUUCCUCGUACAAUUUAAUUAUUGAAUCGGCAUUCAAAGUGGUUCGCAACGGUGAAGAGAAACGCUUCAAGCCAUUUAAGAAACUGCACAAUAGACGUCUGCUGUGGCAUGGAUCUCGGGUCACCAACUUUGCUGGAAUUCUAUCACAGGGUCUGCGCAUAGCGCCGCCCGAGGCGCCGGUUACGGGCUACAUGUUCGGCAAGGGGAUUUACUUCGCGGACAUGGUGUCCAAAUCCGCGAACUACUGCUGCACCAGCAAGGCCAAUCCCGUCGGUGUCAUUAUGCUCUGCGAAGUCGCGCUCGGAGAUAUGAUGAAGUGCUGCGGAGCGCAGUACGUGACGAAGCUGCCGAGCGGCAAGCACUCGACGUGGGGCGCGGGCCGCACGCAGCCCGACCCGGAGCGCGCGCGCACGCUGCCCGACGGCACGCUGGUGCCGCUCGGCCCGCCCGUACCCGCCGAAAAGAACAGCGCGCUACUCUACAACGAGUUCAUCGUGUACGACGUGGCUCAAGUCAAAGCUAAGUACGUGAUGCAGAUCAAAUUCGACUACAAGUACUAGUUGCUAUUUUGCAAUUUUUACGUCAACUUAUUAUUAGAUUUACGUUAGUCAUUAAAUGACAUUUAUCUCAUUCCUUUUUUUAAAUGUGUCUUUUAAAGUUUUAAUAUUAAGUGAUUAUACGAUAUUAUGUUACGUUUUAUUUGCUUAUGCUUCAGAACUUAAUGGCGCUUCUCGAGAAUUAUUUUGUUUAAAAUAUUCCAUUAAUGUUGAUUUUUGCGUUUUGUUUACUCGUCGAUGAUUAUGUGAUUACAAUG